UAGAGGAGGAUACCAAAACUAUAAUAACAGAGGAGGAUAUCAAAACUAUAAUAACAGAAACAAUUAUUCAACUGAUGAUCAAGAUUCUGGUGCUGGAGCUCCAGCUGGUUCUCAAGGUAUGUCGUUAGCUGAUUUUGAAAAGCAAAAGGCUGCUGCUCAAGCUUCAUUAAAUUCCGCCAAACCAAAGAAGACUUUGAAAUUAGCUCCAUCUAGUACUAUUAAACUUGCUAAUGCUCCAGCUAAGAAAGAGACCCCUGCAUCUAAAGAGGCAUCUCCAGCUCCAGCUCCAACUUCAACUUCAGAAACUACUGAAUCAACUAAAGAAGCUACUCCUGUACCAGUUGAAACUCCAGUUGAAGAACCAAAGAAAGAAGAAGUAAAAGAAGAAGCACCAGUUGAAAAAGUAGUAGAAGAAGAACCAAAGAAAGAAUCUACACCAGUUGCUCAAUCUAAACCAUCAUCAGUUCCAGUUUCUGCCUCAAGCUCAAUUAAAAAGGCUCCAACUCCAAGUGUUGAAGUUCCAGAAGAAGAAAUUGACGAAGAAGUUGUUAAAGAUUUAUUUGGUGGUAAAGAACAUCUUUCAAUUAUUUUUAUGGGACAUGUCGAUGCUGGUAAAUCAACUAUGGGAGGUAACCUUUUAUAUUUAACUGGAUCUGUUGAUAAACGUACUAUUGAAAAAUAUGAAAGAGAAGCAAAAGAUGCUGGUAGACAAGGUUGGUAUCUUUCUUGGGUUAUGGAUACUAACAAAGAAGAAAGAAAUGAUGGUAAAACCAUUGAAGUUGGUAAAGCUUAUUUUGAAACUGAAAAGAGAAAAUAUACUAUUUUAGAUGCACCAGGUCAUAAAAUGUAUGUUUCUGAAAUGAUUGGUGGAGCUUCACAAGCUGAUGUUGGUAUUUUAGUUAUAUCAGCCAGAAAAGGUGAAUAUGAAACUGGAUUUGAAAAAGGUGGUCAAACAAGAGAACAUGCUUUAUUAGCUAAAACUCAAGGAGUUAAUAAGAUUGUAGUUGUUGUUAAUAAGAUGGAUGAUCCAACAGUUUCAUGGUCUCAAGAACGUUAUAAUGAAUGUAUUACUAAACUUUCUACUUUCUUAAGAGGUAUUGGUUAUGCUAAAGAAGAUAUUAUUUGUAUGCCAGUAUCUGGUUAUACCGGAGCUGGAUUAAAGGAACAAGUUAAUUCAACUGAAUGUCCAUGGUAUAAAGGUCCAACUUUAUUAGAAUUCUUAGAUAAUAUGGAAACUGUUAAUAGAAAAAUUAAUGCUCCAUUUAUGUUACCAAUUGCUGGUAAAAUGAAAGAUUUAGGUACAGUUGUUGAAGGUAAAAUUGAAUCUGGUCAUAUUAAAAAGGGUGGUAGUUUAAUUAUUAUGCCAAAUAAGACCAAUGUUGAAGUUUUAACUGUUUAUAAUGAAACUGAACAAGAAUGUGAUUCAGCCUUUUGUGGUGAACAAGUUAGAUUAAGACUUAAAGGAGUUGAAGAAGAAGAUAUUCAAACUGGUUAUGUAUUAACAUCUCCAAAGAAUCCUGUUAAUACUGUUGUUAGAUUUGAAGCACAAAUUGCCAUUGUUGAAUUAAAAUCGAUUUUAUCCAAUGGGUUCUCAUGUGUUAUGCAUUUACAUACUGCUAUUGAAGAAGUUAAAUUUAUUGAAUUAAAGCAUAAAUUAGAAAAGGGUACUAAUAGAAAAUCUAAGAAACCUCCUGCAUUUGCUAAGAAAGGUAUGAAAAUUAUUGCUGUUUUAGAAGCCAAUGAAGCUGUUUGUGCUGAAACUUAUGCUAGUUAUCCUCAAUUAGGUAGAUUUACUUUAAGAGAUCAAGAUACUACCAUUGCUAUUGGUAAGAUUACUAAAUUAUUAUAAGUAUUCCAAUAGUAUUAUUCAUUCCAACUUUUUCUUUAUCCUUUUUUGUUCUAUGUCUAUUUAUCUAUCUAAUCAUUUGAUUCAUUUUAAUUGUAAAUACGAAUAUCAUAAAAUCCGUUAUCAUUUAAUAAUCUUCUUAAUUAUUUGUAAUCUUGUACAAGUUGUUCAAAUAUAUUGAUUAAAUUCUCAAUCCCAAUAAUUAUAUUGUCAUCAUGACCCUUACCUUUGACGAAUUUUGCAUGGGCAAAGUCUAUAAAAUGUAGACUGCUAAGAGGAGUGAAUUGUUGCAGUGAUUGUUGAGUAUCUUCUCCAUCUUCAUAUUCAUCUUCAUCUUCAUCAUCAUC